GCUCAGUUUUAACCAAUUUAAUCUUAAUUUCGACCAUAAAAAUGCCAAGUCAAAAAAAGAAAAAGAAUGCAAAAUCUAAUGCUAAACCGGCUCCAGUGAUGGUCUCGGUAAAAUCAGAGCCAUUGGACAUUAAACCGCUAAGUGCGUACGCAGACGAUCGUGUGGAAUUAAUUCGUCAGGCGUUCAUGUGUCUCAAACCGAAGGAAGUUAAAGCUCUGGUCCCUGAAUUCAUGUCGGGUAAAUCAAUCGAGACCAUCCAAGAGCAGUGUUUAGAUGAAGUGCUUGGUAUAUCAACUAAGCGGUUGCUUUCGGUUAUCAACAGCACAAAAUGUCCAACCGAUACGGAGUCGGAUGGAUCAGAGGAUGAAGCCCAGGUUCAUACAGAACACAUUUCGCUUGACGAAAUAUCAUCCGAUUCGGAGGUAGAAAUUAGUAAUCCGGUGAAAACCAUCAAAACGAAAGAAGCAAAAAAGAAGAAUAAAGAUAAAGAUUCCAAAGUUAAUGAAACAGCUAACAAAAAUGGAAAUAAAAAAAAUGAAAAAGAGAUGACCGUCUUAGAAAUUUUAGAAUUGCAAGCCCGGGCCCGAGCAAUUCGGUCACAGUUAGCCCUUGAACCUGUCACAAAAAUUGAGCUUGACUCAGACCAAGAGAAUACUUCAGGGACAGAGACAGAAGCAAAGAAAAACUUAAAGUCUUCUAAAACAGAUAAUAAAAAUACGGAAGCCAGCACGUCGAGCCAAUUGGCCCCUACAAUUGAGCAACCAAAACGUGUGCGUUUAAAACGAAAUUUCCGCAUUCGUCAGGUUGGUGACGAAGAUCCACCCGUAAAAAUAAUACCGGAGCAGCCGGCAGAUAUACAAAAACCAUCGGACGGUAAAAGAAAAUCUAGAAGUAAAUCCCGUGAAAAACAAAUUGAACCUAAACCGGUUCAGCCAGCAGAUCCGCCAACCGAGAAUGAAAGUAAAGUAGAUAAACCAAAAAGCAGAGACAGCUCUCCGGAAGUUAUCCCUGUUAUUCCGAGUCCGGAAACGCUACUUAUUUCAUCAGAUUCUGAGGAAGAAAAAGCAAAGGGUAAAAAAUCAUCAAUUUUUGUCGAGAAUGUUGAAGAACUUGAUAAGCAGAGACAAAAUACUAAAUUGGAUCAAGCGCAAAAAAAAAUUUCUAAGCCAGUCGAGAAUGAAGAACCUGAGGAAGGCGAAAUUUCCGCAGAUGACAACCCUAUAUCAGCUACGCAAGGUACAUUAAACGAUACCUCGCCAGAAACUGUGCGUCAAAGUACAAAAAGCAAUGACGACAUUUUGAAAACGCCACUCGAACAAAUGGAAGAAGAGCUUGACUAUGAGAUUAAAGAAGUUUCUGAUUCUGAGCCAGAAUCGAAUGCGCAAGGCAAUGACUCGUCCAAAACACUUGAAGACGCUAAUCAAAGUACACAAGAGAUAGUUAAUACAACUUCUUCUGCGGAUGAAAAAUGUGAUGAGAGUGAAAAUGACUCAUCAAAUUCUAGCAGCGAAACUGAACAGGAUGAUGAUUGUUCUCGCGAAGAAGAAGACGAUCCAGACAUAGUCGAAAUACAUGAUUCCAGUGAUGAGACGAUUCUCGAACAAAAAAUGGCGGAAGAUGGACCAGAAAAAUCAUGGAAUUCUCGCUGGUUAGAAAGUCAUAAAGUGGCCAAGGUUAUGGCCGCAUCCCGUCUUGGCAACAAGGUACGCGAUAAAUUAAAGAAGAACAAAAAGAAGGAACAGGAGAAGCAUAAACAGCUUGACAAUCCCCUGCCGGAACCAGAGGUUCCCCCAACUGUAUCCAAUGUAGUGGUAGGUUCUGUGGAACAUUAUAAUGAACUUCUGAACGCAUCAACAGACGAUCGUGCACCUGUUGAGGCAUCUGUAAAACCAAGUGACAAUGAAUAAUUUCGUUUAUUUAAGGGAAGGUAGUUUAUUUAUAAGGCACGAGAAGAAGCGUGGGGAGCCCUAUAUUAUAUAAUUAUAUUAAUAAUAUUGUAAUGAUUCCUAACUCGCAUUACAUUUGA